AUGUGCAUUCACACGGGUGGGCGGGCGGUGAUUGAAAACGUGGCUCGACUCAUGAGACUCAGCGGCGAGGUCACCGAGCCGGCUUGGAUGACUCUGCAUAGAAUCGGGAAUACGUCGCGUAGCCUCGUACUCUACGAGUUGGCGUAUUUCGAAGCGAAGAGAAGGAGACUCGAUCUUGCUAAAGAACUAUUUGAUCCCGAAAUCGAACAAGGAUUGCAGAGAAAUUGGGCUGAAAUAUUGUGUUUCGCUUGCACGUGCCUGCAGCUCUCGUGGCGGCGCGUGUUGGUACGCAAGUGGCUCAACAUCCCCACCGCCAACUCCGAUUACUCUGCCGAUACCGAAUCCGACUCCGAUUCCGAACCUGAAUACUGUGUUUUGCCUAGAGUAUCGCGCUUCAAAAAUGAAAUACCAAAUGGAAGCCAGGUUGAUGCUAAUGUUUUAGACGCUCUUCCCAGGUUAAGAAGACGAAAAUCAGAAACAUUUAGAGCUCAGUAUAUAAACACAAAGGAAAUCAAAAUAUGUGCUGCCACAUGGAAUACCGGGGGAAGUGUUCCUCCCGAUGACCUAGAUGUUGAUGGCUGGUUAGAUAUUGAUGAUCCUGCUGAUAUUUAUGUGAUUGGCCUUCAGGAGAUCAUACCAUUAAAUGCUGUUAAUAUAUUUGGAGCCGAAGAUAAUCGUCCAGUUUCGAAAUGGGAAAAUAUAAUACGCGAAACUCUGAACCAGGUUCCACCGGUUUCUAAGUUCAAAAGCUACAGUGAUCCACCUUCCCCAUCAAAAUUUAAACCAUCAGAUGAUGCUCUGGACAUAGAAGAUGAAAUCGUACUUGAAUCUGACAGUGAUGUCGAGGAAGAAAUCUACCCGUUGAAUGAAGAAUCGGAUGUUUUCGAUGAAAUCAAGUAUGAAACAGUCAAAGUAGAUUCUUCUGGUCAGGAGUUGCAGAGGCAAUUUUCUUCUCGAAAAAUGCUGGACAGGUCGAAUUGCUUAGGGACUGAAAAUGAAAAUUUCGAAGAAAAUGAGGAAGCCCCAAAUAGCAAUAAUAACAAAAGAUUAACCAAAACAUUUAGUGGGACAGAAAGGAUCGGCUUAAGUUGGCCGGAGCCACCACUUCAUCUCUUACCUCAGCAUGAUUUUGAGAGGCCUAAUUCCUUCAAAACUUUCAGAGCUUCCAAAUCUUUCGGGACGUGUAGUUCUUUCAAAUCAAACACGACUACUGAGAAUAGAAUGCGGUUUGACUUAGCUUCGCUCGCAGAGGUUGACCUUGAAUCUCUAAUAAACCGGAAGAGAAGACCCCCAUAUGUUAGGAUUGUGAGCAAGCAAAUGGUUGGCAUAUUUAUUACCAUAUGGGUUCGUAGGAGCUUGCGAAGGCAUAUACAAAAUUUGAAUGUGUCUACUGUUGGUGUUGGUGUAAUGGGCUACAUAGGCAACAAGGGAUCAAUAUCAGUCAGCAUGUCAAUACAUCAGACACUUUUCUGCUUCGUUUGUGCUCAUCUAACAUCAGGCGAGAAAGAAGGGGAUGUAGCCAAAAGAAAUGCUGAUGUGGCUGAAAUACAUAGACGGACACAGUUCAAUUCCCUCUCUGGUAUGCGGCUUCCUCGAAGCAUCUAUGACCAUGAGCGAAUAAUCUGGCUGGGCGACCUGAACUAUCGAAUUAAUUUACCUUACGGGCGGACAAAAGAACUUGUUUCCAAAAAGCAAUGGUCCAUGCUAUUGGAGCGGGAUCAGCUUUCGAGAGAGUUUAAAAAGGGCCGCGCAUUUGAUGGAUGGUCCGAAGGUACUUUGAGCUUUGCUCCAACUUACAAAUAUGAUAUAAACUCCGAUUCUUACUGUGGACAGGAUCCAAAGGCUGGGAGACGAACACCUGCUUGGUGCGAUCGUAUUCUCUCGUUCGGAACAGGAAUGAAGUUGCUAAGCUAUAGGAGAUCCGAGCUUAAGCUAUCUGACCACCGACCUGUCACCGCUUCUUACUUGGUGGAAGUUGAAGUAUUUUCACCUCGAAAGUUGCAACGUGCACUCACUUUCACCGAUGCAGAAAUCGAAGAACAUGAUAUCGUCACUGAAAUGGGGCCCGCCCGGUUAUGAACGGUGACGUUGAGUAGCUCACAACUCAGGCAGAUGUUUUUCAUUGUUCAUAAUUGCUCGACAAUUUACCAAAAUACCGUGUGUGAUCAAUUUUGAAAUAAUCAGUGACAAAAAGGUAACGUAAAUAUGAUCAAACCUGUAAAGAAAUAUUUCAUUUGACACGGCGGAAAAUGCUUAGGCUGCAAAUUCGUUUACACUAGAUUUGAUAUCUUCGUUAGAAACGAUUGAGGUAUGUUUGUAUCCGAGAUAAGAAAAUUUGAAGCAUCUGAAUAAUUGUAUCUAAAGCUGCUCGAAAACGUUGUAGUUUAAUUUGUUCCGGUUUUUAUGCCAUAUAUUUUCUUAAGUUAUAAAUAUACUGUCAUUGGACUUCCAUUUUCGGGAUGCUUCGUAUUGGAAGCGUUUUAGGGAUAAUUUAUACACAAAUAUUUGAAGU